GUGUAUGAUGUCCAUGGCACGCUCUUCUUUGGAAGUACCACGCACUUCCUGGAGCUUUUCAACGAGGACAAAGAUCCCGCAGACGUGCGUCUGGUGUUCGAGACUGGGCAUGUGGCCGAUUUCUCUGCGGUGCAGGCGCUGAACAAGCUCGGCGAGCGAUACGGAUCGGUGAAGAAGCGGCUGACGCUCCAGCAGCUCAUGCCGAAGACCCACCGAGUCCUCUCCAGGGCCGAGGGCUUGCUCGUCGAAGAGAUCACUUUGUCCUUAGAUGAUGAGGAGGCUCUGCCACGGCCAGAAUCUGAGACCGUGGCCGGGCCACACCUCCACAUUGAACGGAUACCCUCAGUGAAUCAUUCCCUGCUCGUCGAGCGCACCCGCUCGGGGAGUGGCUCCGAGGAGGCCGGCCUCUGA